AUGAAUGAAGAUUUCCCAAACGGUCAUACUGAUAUGAUUGAUGUCAAUGAAGAUAUGCACUAUGUGAGAGUUGAAGUUGAUAUGAUCAUUGCAGCACCUUCAACACAAUCAUUUCAUCAUAACAUGAAUGAAGAGGAAGGUGUGGGUGGUCAUAUGCCAAUAGUUCUUGAAGGCUAUGAGACAAUGAGUAGCAGUUCUGGCGAUGAGUAUGAUAAAAAUGUAGAUGACUCUUCAUCUGAUUUUUUUUUCUGUGUGCUCAUGGAUCUGCCAGACCCUGAUAUGACAAAUGGUCAGAGUGCUAGUCAGGCAGCUCCGGUGAGUAGUACGACCCCAGUGGUUGGUUCUGAUACACUUUCUCAGUUUGCUACAUUGGUUGCUCAGAUGAUGAGCGAGACUCAGAAAUUUUCUGAGAUAUUCCGAUCGUGGUUUGUACCCCCUUCUGCACAACAGCAGUUGCAGGAGAAUUUUCUGAGGUUGGUUCAAGGAAGCAAGACAGUGAUGCAGUAUGAGACAGAGUUUACUGCUUUAGCUAGAUAUGCUCCACAGUUGAUAAGUACUUCUGCUGAGAAGUGCUAUAGAUUUCUGAGGGGACUACGAGAUAGUCUGAGGCAGCCCCUAGUGCCAUUUCACAUUUCUGAUUUCUCUGAGCUUGUGGAAAGAGCUCGUUUGAUAGAGAAUGAUCUGAUGGCUACUCAGCAGUGGUGGGCUGCGAGUAGGAAGAGGUUCGGGGGUGAUACUUCUAGCAGUGGUUCCUCUAGCAAGAGGAGAUUUGUUUUCGGAGACUCCAGGAGGAGUGGACAGUCAGGAUUUUCUGGCACUGCCACUACCAUCAGAAGAAUGUGGAAGAAGGGUUGCCUGGUAUUUUUGGCUUCUGUACGGAAUAUGAAUAUAGAUGCGGGUUCUAUUUCUGAUAUCCCGAUUGUACGGGAGUUUUCUGAUGUAUUUCCUGAGGAGUUGGUUGGUUUACCUCCGGAUAGAGAUGUUGAGUUCUCUAUUGAUGUUUUUCCGGGUAUAGCUCCGAUAUCAAAAGCUCCAUACAGGAUGACACCAAAAGAAGUUUCUGAGUUGAAAGUUCAGCUCCAGGAGUUGAUGGAUAGAGGAUUUGUGAAAGAAGCUGAUGUGUUGAAGACAACUUUCAGUACUCGGUACGGGCACUACGAGUUUUUGGUUAUGCCUUUUGGGGUAACCAAUGCAUUAGCUAUUUUCAUGGAUCUGAUGAACAGAGUGUUCAAGGAGUAUUUGGAUCAGUUUGUGAUCGUCUUAAUCGACGAUAUUCUGGUGUAUUCUACUUCUGAGGAAGAUCAUUCCAGACAUUUGAGCAUUGUGUUGGAGACUUUGAGGCAGCAUCAGCUAUAUGCUAAGUUUUCCAAGUGCGAAUUCUGCCUGAAGAGCAUUUCUUUUUUAGGGCAUGUGGUGAGCGGUGAAGGUAUCUCUGUUGAUCCCCAUAAGAUUCAAACUAUUGCUGAUUGGCCAAGGCCUACUACGGUAUUUGAGGUACGUAGUUUCUUAGGCAUGGUUGGAUAUUAUAGAAAGUUUGUGAAGGAAUUUUCUCAGAUUUCUACGCCUAUGACGAGACUGACUCAGAAGUCAGUAGCUUUUAUUUGGACAUCGGAGUGUGAGGCUAGUUUUCAGAAGUUGAAGGAUUGUUUGACUUCAGCUCCAGUGUUAGCACUUCCGUCAGGUACGGAAGGAUUUCAGGUGUUCAGUGAUGCUUCACUGAAAGGUUUGGGCUCUGUUCUGAUGCAGCAUGGUAAGAUAAUUGCUUAUGCUUCUAGACAGUUGAAACCACAUGAAAAGAAUUACCCGACGCAAGAUUUGGAGUUGGCUGCAGUUAUUUUUGCUUUGAACAUUUGGUGUCACUACUUGUAUGGCAUCAGAUGUGAGAUCUUUAUGGAUCAUAACUUGAAGUACAUAUUCACUCAGAAGGAUCUGAACUUGAGGCAAAGAAUGUGGCUUGAGUUGAUCAAGGACUACGACCUGACGAUUCAGUAUCAGCCUGGCAAGGCUAAUGUGCAAGGAUUGGGUACGAGGUUGCAUUUCAGUAUGGCUUUUCAUCCGCAGACUGACGGACAGUCUGAGAGGACUAUUCAGGUACUGGAAGAUCUUCUGAGAUUAUGUGUUUUAGAUUUUGGAGGAAGUUGGGAAGAUCAUAUUCCUUUGAUAGAAUUUUCUUAUAAUAACAAUUUUCAGUCCAGUAUUGGUAUAGAACCUUAUGAAGCUUUGUAUGGCCGGAAAUGUAGAACUCCUUUAACUCAGAUUGAGGUAGGAGAUAGACAAGAAAUGGGUGCUACAUUUGUAGAUGAAACUGUUAUGAAAAUCAAUCUGAUUAAAGAAAGAUUGAAAGCUGCACAAGAUCGACAACAGAAGAAUUACAAUCAGAAGCACAAGUUUGUGGAAUUUCAGGUUGGUAACUUUGUGUAUGUCAAAGUCAGUCCGAUGAAAGGCGUGAGCAGAUUUGGUAGAGUGAGUAAGCUCAGUCCAAGAUAUGUUGGACCUUUUGAAAUCCUUGAAAGGAUUGUGGAGAUUCAGGAGAAUCUGAGGUAUGAAGAAGAACCUGAGUUGAUUUUGGCUUAUGAUGUUCGUAAGUUAAGAAGUAAACAAAUUCCUAUAGUUAAAGUUCAGUGGAAGCACCGAACAGCGCGAGAAGCGACUUGGGAGAAGGAGUCGGACAAAGGCAAGCAUAUCCGUAUCUUUUCUGACUGA